AUGGAAGCACCAGCUGCACAAGAGUUUGAGGCAGCACUGACUUUGUGCCAAAUGAGUGGAGGACCAAUCCACUUCGGCCAAAAUGGAUCAGGGGCUUCCAUUCCAGUUGUCAACCCCAACCCCAUCCCCAACUACCGUAUUGACCCUCGCGGCCUGAUCUGGGAGCCACCAGUCCCCAUUCCUUCUGCUCCCUAUCAUCCAGCUAACCCAGCACCCGCACGAGCCCGCAAUCAGACAAGUCAACGACGACCAGUUGGCUGGGUCCGGCUCCGACCGGCUGAUCAUGGCAUUGGACAAGCCUUCGCCACGAUAAUGGAUAGCCCACCACGUGCUCGUCAGAACCUCAAUAACACAAGACCAGCCCUAGAAGCUCAGUCCAUCCGAGAACCUGUUGUACUAGCACCUGCCCGGCUCCUCUUCCAUCGACCAGGUUUCGCCCAUGAGGAGUGUUUCUUGCCUGAGGAGCUCGCACAUCAUGGACCCCAGCAAACUAAUCAGACCCCAUAUUUCCCAGGCAGCUCACUACAUGGCGCUUGGAAUAUGGGUCACCGUCCUGCAGAUAUGAUGUCCGGACAGGCGGUUGAAAACUGGAUACCACAUCAGACCAACCAGAACCCUCGUAUCUUCGGUGCUCCCAGCCAGGCACGCGCUGAUACCGGUUCUGCAUCAUCGGGUAGUUUCGAAAGAUAUCAUGUACAUGAACAACAUCAUGUUGAACAGAAUUCUUACUCCAGUUCCCAGGUCAAGCAAGGAGUGGUGCUGAAUCCAUUCUCAGAUCCUGCAGCACAGCUGCACGUGUACCAAUCUCCCAACCAGGAGAUACCACCAGUCCAGCCAGCACCAAAAGUCGUCGCCGUCAGGAAGAGAACUCCACUCCCCGACCGCCCUCUCCGAUGCUCAAAGUGUGCAAAGGGAUUCACUCGCAUGGCUGAUCUCAACAAGCAUCUUGGACUCUCGGAAGACUGCUCCAGAAUCUGGGAAUGCCACAUGUGCGACAAGACCUUCAGAGGAGGCCGUUGGCUGCUGAGACACCACUUGAGAAGGGCACAUGGCAGCCAGAAGUGUCCAUACUGCCCCCAGGUCUACCUGAACCCAUCCGGGCGAGACCAGCACAUCCGUAAGAGGCAUAGCAGAUGCAAUGUCUGCGGAGAUUUCUUCAGCUAUGCUGAGGAUAUCGUUCCUCAUCUGUUGUCGGCGCAUGGUCCGACGCUUGCGAAGGCCCGCGGUGCUUCUGCCAAGAAGUCACCAGUCAGCCCCGACGAGAGUGAAGAUGCGGAUGAUGAUGAGGAUGAGGAUGACGAGGAAGAUGACGAGGAGGAUGAAGAUGAGGACUAA